CUUUCUCCCCGCCUACCGCCCAACUAAAGGACAAGCACAUUUCCCAAGCUGCAACCGUCGCACACUGCAGCGUCGAUUUCGAGCGAACCGGGCGGUCAGGAACCAAUCCUGCCUGCGGUGCUCGAGUUCCCCGAACAGUACCAGGAAGCCUUCCUGCAGGCCGUCAUCAGCGAACUGGACGUCAAUUCACCUAAUUUUAAGCUAGCUCCCGUGUACACGCUCUACCUGUGUGCGAGGUAUCGUGCCUCCACCCACUACCGUCCCGACCUGCAGCCGACGGAGCGUGCCCACAAGUUAACAGUAUUCCUUCAUCACGUUGCCAAUCUGAUCCAGAACGUCGUUCAGGAGCAGUACACCGAUGCCAAAAUCCUGUCCUUUUGGAUGGCCAACAGUUCGGAGUUUUUGCACUUUCUCAAAUCGGACCGACACAUUUCAGCCUUUAGCGUCCAGGCGCAGGAGGUGCUGGCCGAGAGCGUCCAAACCGCAUUCCGCAAUCUGGUGUCGAUUUUCCACGUUGAGCUGUCGCAAACGUUGAACCAGUUUCUGUCGGAGAACAUCGACCACGAUUCCGCCGCUGGGCUGGUCCUGUCGGUGCUGGGGUCGGCCAUGGCACUGCUGCGCCGGUGUCGCGUCAAUGCCGCCCUCACGAUACAGCUGUUCUCGCAGCUGUUUCACUACAUCAACGUGGUCUGCUUCAACAAGUUUGUCACGACAUCACACAUGUGCACCAGUGCCUGGGGUAAAGCGCUGAGCGAGCGGCUCUCGCUGCUAGAGCUGUGGGCCGAGAAGCAAGGGCUGGAGCUGGCGGCCGACUGCCAUCUGGCCAAAAUCAACCAAUGUGCGCAGUUUCUGCAGGCGCCGAAAACCUCCAUCACCGAAGUGCAGCAGCUGGCUUGCUCGUGUUUCCGGUUGAACUCGCUGCAGAUGGCGGCUCUGCUAUCGCAGGAAACCAUUCCACGAAAUUUGAUCGAUACGGCCGUACGGAUGGCCGAAUCGGUGGCGGACGAACUGAGCAGGGCGGACGGGCGAGAAAUACGGUUAGAGGAAUCGCCGGAGCUGCCUCUGGCGCUGCUGUUGCCCGACGAUGGUUUCAGUUGCGAUGUGGUUCGGGGUAUUCCCGCGGGGUUGGUGGACUUUUUGAGUCCGUUCCAGAUGGCCAACAUGUGCCGUCUGGCAUCGCAACCGACUAGUAUUGGACUGUGGACCGUGUAUAUGCACCAGUUUAAUCAGGGUCGAUCGCCCAGUGUUAUGUCCAGCAAGCUGCCGCAGCCGGAAAUCCAAAUCAUCAAACUGCACAAAAACGCCAACGGAAUGGGCCUCUCGAUCGUGGCCGCCAAAGGUGCCGGUCAGGAACGGCUCGGUAUCUACAUCAAAUCGGUGGUAACGGGCGGGGCAGCCGAUCUGGACGGCCGGUUGCAAGCCGGCGAUCAGCUGCUGGAAGUCGACGGCCAAAGUCUGAUCGGCAUCACGCAGGAACGAGCCGCGGACCAUUUGGUGCGGACCGGACCGGUGGUGACGCUCAAGGUUGCCAAACAGGGUGCCAUCUACCACGGGUUGGCCACGCUACUGCAGCAGCCCAGUCCCGUCAUCCAGCGCGGUGGCAGACAAAUGUCCGAACGAGACAUGACACGCAUAGGCACCAGCGACCCCAGCAAACCUCCGAUACCUUCACCAUCCGGACAGCCACCAUUACCCAACAGCAAAUCGGUUCCCGCCCUGCAUCACGUUGGCAACAUUGGAUCUACAGUCAACAAGUCCCGCAGCAUCCACAACCUUGCAGGAGGAGCCAGCCAAGACCAAGGGUUCUAUCAAAAUCUUAGCGUCUAUCGUGCUCAAAAUCAAAGCCAUCCAAAUCUGGGAGAACGCCCUCCAAUGCCUCUACAAACAUCACUCAACUCCCCGGGCGCCUCCGUUAGCAGUGGUGGCAGUAGCCAUCACCAACAACCUCUCCUAAACCGUCCAGCAUCUGCCUAUUUCAAUAGCAAUAACACCGCCAACAUUAAUCCCAGUAAUCUACUACUGACCACACAAACCGGCUCGAUGUCCUACGGAAUGGCAUCUUCCCAGCAGCAACAGCAGCAGCAUCCUCCACUGAGUGGAAACAUCUCUCAUCCGAAUCUUGUGGCAGCGGCUGCCGGUCCCAACCGGCUCCAAAAGCUCCCACCUCAACAGACCAUGAUCGGCAACAGCUUCGUUCGGGACUCCCAAGGCCAGCAAAGCCUCCGGCUUAACCAGAUGAUGGCCCCGUCGAUGCCCAACAUCGCACAUUCCUUCCAGCACCAGCAGGGCCAACAGCAACAACAGCAGCAGCAGCACCAGCCGCAGGGGCCGCAUCAGCAUCCGUCGCAUCAUCAUCCGGGCGGUAUCUCAGCCAGCCAGAGCAUGCAAAACGUGAGCAUGAUCGCCGGCGGCGCCGGUGGACCUGGAUCUAGCAGCGGGUUCGGCUACCAGAAUGGUAGCCCCAUGAUGUCCCCUCAGCUCUUCCCGAACGAGCAGUCGCAGCAUGCCUCGCUACUUCGUGGCCAAGCGAAGCUAGCCGAGAUGAACGAACUGAUCAAACGACGCAACCAGCCCAGUUCUCAACAGCAACAACAGCGUACCCAAAACGUUGAUUCUUCAAUGAUGCCAUCCCCUUCCCUGCCUCAGCAGCAGCAGCAACAGCAACAGUCGCAACAACCCGGCUUCAGCGGUGCUAGUCCUCAUCCCAGUACUCCACUGAGCUCACACAAGCAGCUUCCACCGACGACAGCUCCCAAACCUCAGCUUCGCCCUGGAAUGUCUUCGGAUCAGGAUCACCCUCCUCUUCCCCCCUCAGCAACACAUCCGCUGUUUAAAACCACACCAGGUAGUAAUUCGACCGCGUACAGUUCGUCCGAUCCGCCGAAGGUCGGCUUCUACCCAUCGCAAGUGCCACAGCAGAACAAGAACCUCCUUGCCGGAAGCAAUCCGUGGGAACGUGAGGAGAAAGAGAAAGAAACCGAACUUCGCAAAGAGCACAUUCGAGCCUGGCGCGAUCAACAGAUCGCCGAUCUACAGUCUUUACCGCAAAGGACUCCCCAACAGGACGACCUUCUGCGAACCCUCAUGCUAGAACGUGACUUUGAACGUCGCGCCAUGGAAGAAGAUCAAGACUUUGACAAUGACACUUCCCCCUACGGAAAGGAUCCCUCUGUCCACGAAGUCCUGCGACUUGCCCAAGGCCAAAAUACCGUCUCAGCGCCUCUGACCAAAAUGAAGCAAGUCGACAUAAAAAUGCCGUCGGUCCAAAACUCCGAAACCUCGUCGGAAACGAACGACCAAUCUCCAACAUCCGUAGCCAACACGAUCGCCAGCUUCCAACAGCAGGUCGCCUCGGCCAAUUCUGCCAUUCAGCCCAAAAGCAUUCUCAAACACAACAGCAGCACUCCUUCGUCACCUUCGAAAAACGCUGUCAAAUCGGCCAGUUUUGCUCAGCAGGAGAAGCAAUUCAAUCUCAGCGAAAUAACCAUGAGCAACACCAACGCCAACCAACUCAUGUCGCAGAUGGCAGUCGACAUGAGCCAGCUCAACAUUGCCGAUCGAGUUGACGAAGAGCUCAAUGAUCACCAAUCGGCCAUGAAUGGCUAUCUGCAAGAUCCCAACGCUCAAAGUAUCAAUUCCUCUACCGUUGCUCCUCCCCCACCACCACCGGAACGCAACAGCUCAUACAUGAUCAUGCAGCAGCAGAAAAUUCGUGGCAGCGCCACAAAACUGACCUUCAACAACAAUCUGAUCACUACCGCCGAACACCAACCACCUCCUCAACAGCAACAACAAAACAUCAUCAACAAUAAUCCAAGCCAUCCCAAUCCAAGCAACACGCUACCACGAUACAGCGGUAACCUCUCGACACCCACGAAUCCGCCUGCUUCGACCGCCAGCAGCAGCAGUAACAUGCUGAACAACAAUGCGGCAGCCUACAACGCCUUCCGCGACAACAAGCGGGUUUCGUUCCACGAUGAGGAUGCCAUGGCUGCCGCAGCAGCAGCUGCCAACGCGAUGAACAACAAUGGCGGCGGCAGUGGCAACAAUGGUCCCAUGAUUGGAAGCAGUUAUACCGAGGCGGGGCAUCUUAUUGGCAGUAGUGGGGAUCAGCAGGGUGGUGAGCUGGGAACGAUCAUGGAGCGACCGGAUCCGGACCGCUUCAUCGACGAAACCAUGCCGGCCAUGUUGCAUACCCCGACCACGCCGGAAACGGAAGGCUGGAACAUGCAACUUCAAAUCACCCCGGGUGUCAUCGGCGCUCAGGAAGUCUAUCGUGAUCCCCGUACCCGUCGGUUGGCCGAGCAGCAGCAGAGGCAAAAGUCGGAACCCGUCCCGGAGAAGUUGUCGUUCAAGGAAAAAAUGAAGAUGUUCGCUCUGGAAUCGGGCGAGAACAACACCCCCAAGGAUAAGCUGAAGAUCUCCCGUGCCCAGCGGGAUAUCGAUGCCGUACAUUGAGGACAACCGGAUCACUUUCUCUCAUACACCACCCAUACACGCAUUUACUACCGCAACAGUUGUAGUGUAUAGUCAAAACAGCAGUCAUAUGCCUUCUUCAUGCCUUUAUCUCCCCCGCGUGGACAAGCAGUGUAAGCCCUGAUCCGCGAUCGAAAAAAAAAUCGGUAUUAUAAGUGCGAGAAGUAUUAGAAUCGACAAAAAAUGGUGGAAAAACUGGACAAAAUAAGCCUCCGUUUUUCAUUUGGGUAUUGUUUUCUGUUAUUUCUUUCACAUUUAAGCAUUAAACAGUGGUUUUAUCCUCUACCACCUAAAGUGACAAACGAACGAGAGGUGGUUUUUUUGUAUAGAUUUAGACAAAUUGACGGAUUUGAAAGUUUUUUUUGGUAGGUUUUGUUGUUACUUGUUUAGAGGUGUAUAAAGUUGUACUACUAUUAAAGUGAACACAGAAAAGAUAAAAUUACUUCUACAUUGUUGUUAUAAUAAAAAUGAUGCUACAAGUGAGAAAACAACAAAUUCAAAUCCUACUGGUAUAAUUGUAUAACAACGCAUUGAAGUGGUGACCCCUUGGUAUAAGCUUACUACUACUAACAUAUAUGGUAGGGAAAACAGUCGAAAUGAUAAAGUUUCACAAACACAGACAUACACUAGGAGAAACCCAUUGGACCAAAAAACGAAGAAGAGAGAAAAUAUUUUCAUUUUAUAGACAUCUUUUACGUCAGAAAGGACAUUUUAAAUCGUCGCGUGUUAGAGAAGAUGAAUGCAAACAACCAACCAAUAUAGACGCGAACACAUGAAGAAGAGUGUUUAGAAAGAAUGCGAUAUGAAUUUUGUAGUAGGUUUGACUGAAAGAAACCGCUGCUCAGUGGGAUAAAUGCGACUUAUUGCCGUUACUAGAAAUACAUAUUAUAUCUUUUUAGGGAAAAAUCAGGUUCAAAUAACCACAAAUGAAGCGUUAACAUCGAUUUCCGUUAGGAUGUAAAAUUUGCAAUGAUUGAGUCCCCAACCCAAGGAAGUACCGCAAUGUGACCGAAACGUCGGACAAAGUUUGGUUGUGGUAUUUGAAUCUUUUCAAAACUGACAAGCCCUUUCCACGUUACAAUUCAGGUUAACCACCUGAUGAAAUGAAGCACAUCAGUGAAUGUAAUUCUCGAUGUAGUCGUUGGAAGAAUGUUUCUUGGAAAUUUUGGAAGUAUUUUUUAUACAAUUCUUAAUCAGUUGAAAGUUCAUGAUGCGGAGAAUUUGUACUUACUGAAAGGUGUUUUUUACAAUUGGCUAUUCGUUGACACUUGUUUCUACGGAACCGAUGAGAUAAAAGCAUUAUAAAGACAAAUUUUGAAGCUUUUUAGGAGAAAUAUCUGCUAAAGCCCCUCAGUUCAGGACAUACAGGGGAUAGACAAAAUGAUCGGAACAGGCAAAAUUUUCACUUUUCAAAAAGUGUUCAACUAGCUGUAACUUUUCGAAAAGUGCAUCAAAUAUUCUCAAAUUUUCACUGUAAGUUCAUCAACUAGAUGUGUAUCAGUGGUCCAAAAUUAGAAAAGAUCGGGCCAUUCUCCACGAAGUUAUAAAGAUUCUUGAAAAAGGUAAAAUUAUCCGAUGGCCAACUUUAAGCUGUUAUGUCUCCGGGUUCAAUGAACCGAUUGAAAUGAAAUGUUGACCAUUUAUGACUUAUAUAAUGAGCUAUGAAAAACCAUUGACUUAACUCAAUAUUUUUAACACGGAAGAAAAUUAUAACGAUUAGAUUAUUUUUCUAAUAAAACACCAAAUUUUCCAAAAUAUCAACAUCGUUUCAAAAUUCAAGAUGCAAAUUAUAGUUCAUUUAAUUUCCCUCUAAUUGACUUAUAUAUAAAUUUGUUUUGAAGGAAAGUAACGACAUAGCCACCUAUAAAUUAAAAAAGUUAUAGAAUGCAUAUUAAAAAUGAACCAAUUUACUAAAAAAUCGUGAAAAAAAUCAAAUCGCUAUAAUUUUGUCUCUUGUUAAAAACUUCAAGUGAAGUCAAAUGUUUUCCAGAGUUCAUUAUAUAAGUCAUAAAUGGUCAUAAUUUCAUUUCAAAAUUGAAAAUUUGAGAAUAUUUGAUGCACUUUUCGAAAAGUUACAGCCGGUUGAACAUUUUUUGAAAAGUGAAAAUUUUGCUUGUCCCGAUCAUUUUGUCUAUCCCCUGUACGUUUAUUUUUUCUAUUCAUAUUCAUAGUUUUGUUUUAAAAUGACUAGCAAAAGUCAUUGAAGAAUUCCAGAUAACAUUUCUUGAAGAAGCUUGUAAAGGAUUUCCUUCGGAAUUACCUGGAUUCAGUUUUAGGUUUUGCCUGGGAUUACUUCAAGAGCUCUUGCCGAAUUCCUCCAGGAAGUACUCCCGAGAUUCUUCCAGAGAAUAUUUCCUGGAUUUCAUACGAAAUAUCUCCGGAGAUUACUUCAGGAGUUCCUAAUAUUUUUUCGAUUUUUUCCGUAAUUUCUCUAGCAAUUAAUUCCGAGAUUCCUCCAGGAAUUCCUUCUAGGAUUACCUUAGCAAUUAUUCUUGAGAUUCCCCCUGGAGUUUCUUUCGUGGUUUCUACACAAAUGCAUUUUAGGAUACCUCUAGGAUUUCCUUUAGUGAUUUCUCAGGGAGCUCCAUCUGGGAUUGUUUCUCACUUGGAUCGUUUCUGAGAUUCCUAGAAGGUUCCUCCAGGAACUGCUUUCAGGACUUCAGUCAUUCUUUCUGGGACUUCAGUGAAUUUCAUCCAGGAUUUCUACAAGAGUUCCAUGAAUCCUUCAGGAACUCCAUCCUAGAUUCUUAAUAGCUUCUUUUGGAAUAUCUUCAGGCAUUUUUUAUGAAGGUAUUCCUGGAAAACAUGCCUGAGAAUUAGAGCAAUUUCACUCGAGAUUUUUUGCGGGAUUCCUCCAGGAGUUCUCUCGGCGAUUGUUUCAGGAAUUCUUUCCAAGAUUAUUCAGGUUUGUUCUGAGAUUCUUCCAGUAAUCCUACAAGAACUUCAUCACUUUUCCUCCAAAUUCUCCGUAAUUCUUCCAGGAGCUUCUUCCGGGACUCUUUCAGUACAUACUUCUGGAACUGUUUCAAGAAUUUCGGGAAUUUCUUCUGAGGUUCUGUCAGAAAUUGCUGCCGGAAUUUCUUCAGAAACUCUUUCGUGGAUUCCUUCGGGAAUUUCUUCUGGGAUUCCUUUACCAACUCUUAAUUUUUCUGGAAUUCUUUCGGAAACUGCUUCCGGGAUUUCUUCAGGAACUUUUUCCAGAAUUUAUCUAGAAACUCUUUUUUUGGUUUCCCCCAAGAAAUCCGUUCGGAUUUCUGCAAAUCCUCCAGAAGUUCAUUCUAGACGUUUCUAAUGGAUAUCUUUCAAGAGUUUUUUGGGAGUCUUUUGAGUUACUGCUACUGCAGUUUUUAUUUAUGGCAUUCCUCAUGUAGUUCCUUCAGGAUUUCUCUGAGGGAAUACUCCAGCAAGUUACUUCCUUGGUUCCUUCUGGUUUUCCUCCAACACUUCCUGGAGGAAUCUAAGAUCCUUUUAGGAAGCUCAGAUGAUGAUUCUGAAAGAAUCCUUAAUAAACCCCAGGAAAAAUCUCAUCAAGAACUCCCUGAGUAUCACACAAGAAACUCCCAGAGGAGUCUUGGAACGAAUUUGUGGAGAAACCGCGAAGAAUUUCUUGGAAAAGUCCCGGAUGGAAUUCCUGUGGAAUCCCAGAAUGACCUUCUUGGGGGGUGUCACCAUGCCGUCAUCAAGCCAUGAAUUAAAUCAAGCUAUCAUAGCAACCGUGCGUGACUCCAGAUAAUUUUCAUGGAAUUUCUCCAAGGAUUUUUUUCUGAAUCCCUAUAGGAGUUUCUCUCAGGGUAUUUCGCAGAUGUUGUCACGUAACAUUCACUCGGGGUUCCUCUGGAAUGAUUUGACAUGGUUCAUUCUGGUGUUCCUCUUGGAAUUUCCCCUGAAAUUCAUUCCGGGAUUUUUUUUGCGAAAUUCCUUUGAGCGUGUCUACAAAAGUAAUUCAUGGGAUUUCUACUAGAGUUUCUCUCAGAAUAUUUUCAGGGAAUUUUCAUGACUUUUCUGUGGGAUGUCUUCCAGAGGUUUUGCUGUAUUGCUCUCAGAAUCCCUCUCAGGCCUUCUGCCGAAGUUCCUUCUGUAAUUUCUUCAAGAAAAGUCCGUGAACUUUCUUCCUGAAUUUCUCUGGAUAUUUCUACAGGAGUUUCUCACGGAAUAUCUCUUAAAGGUUAUUUCUGGAUUUCUCUUGAAGUUUCUUCCGAGAUUUCCCUAGGAGUUUCCGGGGACGUCUCUUAAAUUUCAGGAGAGGAUGUCUUCAAAAUUUUACGAAGUUAAUGUUUUGGAGACCCUUUUGAGAUUUCUUCAGGACUUGCAGGAGCUGAUGCGAAUAUUUUGUAUGGAGUUCUUCUUACGAUUUUUCCUCAUGUAUAUGUUUCCAGGAUAUUUAAUAAUGAUUCUCCUGAAGGUUUUCUUAGAGAUUUUCCUUGGACUACCCCCAGUGUUCGUCUCAGAAUCCAUACCAUAAAUCAGCGUUUCUCAAACUAUGGGUCGCGACCCACUGGUGGGUCGCGGCAGUGUUGGUAAAAACUCAAAUUCUCAAAUCUCAUGGUUGAGUUGUAUCACGCGCGAUUCUUGACUUGCCAAACUCAUUGCCGAAAAAAUCAUGCAUGAGUUGACUCAUGAUUUCACUCAUUCCUUUAUUUCUUGGUGUUCUUAAUGUUUACAUCGAAGUUUUUAGGAUUGUAUGAUAAAACAAAAGCAAAUCUAGCGUACAACAACAUUGAUUGCCGUUCAAAUGUAUUUGGAUUCGUUUUACAAGCGAAUGAGAUUUCGGCGCUUGACUCGUGAGUGCGAGAUUUUGCAUUAAAUUCUCGCGCGUGAGAAAACGAUUCAGAAUCGCGUGCGAGUUUGCUCACGCAGGAGCGGUUCAUGAGUGUGCUUUGAGUGUGAGUUUACCAACACUGGGUCGCGGGCUGAUUUUCGGUGGGUCGCGAAGGUUUGUGUGAUGUUCUAAUAAAGAUUUCACUUCAAAUCGUAUUUCGAAAUUUAAAAACACUCUGGAAGAAUCAGUGAACUCAUUAGUAUAUAUCAGCAGAGCUUCGGAAAAUUUUCCCUGAAUUUUCGAUAUUUUGAACAUAUUCUAUAUCUGAUCAUCUGAGCAGCACUAUAAUUCUAAAAAACUUAUUAAAUGUUUGCCUACUCGCGUAAACAUUGAGUAACAUUUUAAUCAGUAUGUACCUGUUUGAUGAAUCUUGAAAUUUAUGCACGUCGUUACAUACAGAAUGUACGAUUUUGAGUGGACGCAGUGCACCUUCAUUCGACAGGAAUUUCUUAUAGUUUUACAUAAGCAUAAAGUUGCUAUUAUACCUUCAAAGUGUUUUUUGAAAAUGUGAGACAGAAUUCCUGUGGAGUACUAUAGUAAUGUAAUUUGUGUAAAUUCACCAACUUACCUAAUUUUUUGUGAUAGAAAGUUCACUGAAACUAAUUGCUUUGGCAUGUCAAUAUUAUUUUGACCUUUUUCAGAAAACAGAAAAAGCUCUGUAAUUUUUUUUAUCUGUAUUAACGAGAUUUUAGCCCUAGGCUAGUUCAUCUCGGGACCCACAUAUUUACUUCCAUUCCGAAGGAAGAACUCACAUUUUUGUGAGUUUUCCGGGAGUGGGAUUCGAUUCCAGGUCCUCGGCUUGAUAAUCAAGUGUUCUAACCAUCACACCAGGUUCUCUCCACACAGCUCUGUAAUUUAAAAAAAAAACUUCAAAAUGUAUAAAAUCGAUAAAAAAUAAGUUCAAAUUUUCAAAAUGACUCAUGUUAUGAAAAUAUGUGCUGGUGGCGCCAAAUUCUAUUGAAAUCAAAAGUGGGUGGCAAGGUGGAAAAGUUUGAGAACUCCUGCCAUAAAUCGUCACGGGGUUCUGGCAGUUUCUUUUGGGAUUUAUUUUAAUAGCUUCUCAAGAUUCGAGCAAUUUUUGCCGGCGAUGUUCUUAUAAACUUUUUUACGAGGAUUCUGCUGAUUUUUUUUUUUCAGAGGUUCUUUAAGAGGUUUUCCGCUUUUGCUCCCAGAGUUCCUCGCACUUCAUGGGAUUUCUCCAAGGAUUUAUUUCGGGAUGUUUACAGGAGCUUUUUUUUAGAAAUAUUUCUCAGAUGUUGUCGUGAAAAGUCUUUUAGAGGUUCUUUAGGGAUUCCUCUCGAAUGAUACUCUAUGAUUUCUUCUGAUGUACCUUUCUCCACAGUGUUUCUACAGUAUUACUGGGAUUUCUACUAUAGUUCUAUAGAGUUUCUACCAGAAUUUCUUCGGAAGUUUUUCAUGACUCUUCUGUGGAAGUUUCUCCCGGGAUUUCUUCCAAUGGUUUUGCAGCAUUGUUCUCAGAACCUAUCUCGGUAUUUCUCUCGAAGUUCCUUCUGUUAUUUUCUCAACAAAUUUCCGCGAGCUAUCUCCCGGGAUGUGUCUGAACGGUGCUCGUGGGGUUUCUCUUGAAGCCGAAGCUGCACGUGCAAUUUUUCUCGAAGUUUCUUCUGGGAUUUCUUUUCGAAGAUUCCUUCCGAUGUUGCUCCCGGGAUGUCUCUCAGUUUUUUUUAGGAUGUAUACUGGACUUUUUUCCUAGAACUUUCACCGGCGUUUCUUCCGGAGAUCCUUUAAAUAUUUCUGCCGGAGCUUUGUUGAUAUUUAUCAUAAAGUUUUUCCCGUGAUUUUUUUUCAGAAAUUUUUUGGAUAGUGGCAUAUUAAAACCUCACUUUUAUAACCUGUUCUACGAUAAAAAAAAUCGGGAAUUUGGACAAAUCUAUGAUCAAAGACAAAAACAAUAGUUGAAAUCACUGCUUUACGGCGUUCAUCAUCCCUUAUAAGCUCACUUGUGCAAAAAAUUUCGAAAUUUGUACAUGUAGAACAGGUAGAUUUGCGGUUAAGGAAUCGCCGAAAUCCAAGAGCAUUUCUUGAAACACCUCCCGGGAAUCCCUACGAAGUUCCUUGUAGAAAAUUCCCAAAGAAAUAUCGGAAGACAUGCUGGUGGAAUCUCGCGAGGAACUCCGAGACUCAAUAUUGGAGAAAUUCUUCCAAAUUCGGGACUUGCAAAUCCUGAUGAAAACUGAGACAUCCCCAAAAAACUUCUGGUAGAAGUCUCGGGUGGUAAAUUUAGUGAAACUCCGGGAGGAACUCCGAUUAUCUUUGAGAGAAAUCCUCGGAGGAGCUACAGGAGAAACUCUGGCAGCUACAGGAAAAAUUCUGAAAAAUUCCUUGGGAGAAAUCUAUGGAAGAACUUGAAGUUGUUAGUACGUCGUCCCGAAAAACCUCUAAGAGAAAUUUCUGGUAAAUUUAGCAAGCAUUUCCUGAAGGAAUCCCGGGAGAAACCUUGGGAGCAUACCGGGAGAAGCCCUGAAAGAAAUAUCAGAGAAAUUGCUACAGAGACUACGUGAACUCCUGCAGAAAUUUUGGAAUGAACGUCGGACAAAACCUUGGAAGGAGCUCUGGGAGCAUGGAGUUUUCCUGCCAUUUCUUUCAGGGAGAAAUACAAGAGGAACUUCCAAAGUUCAGCUGGAAACAUUAGAGAAAUUCCGGGUGAUAUGGAAAAAAAACUUGCAAGGAAAACAAAAAAAAAAAAAAAUCGAAAAUUUUUUUUUGAAGAAAAUCCUUGGAAGAACUUCUGCCGAAGUCUCGCAAAACUUCUCGCCAGAAACUCUUGGAAACUUGUUCCAGAAAACCCGCUACCGGUAUUUGAAACUCCUGAAGGCACUUUGGGAGAACUUUGUUAGGAUCUCCGGAAAGAAUCGCCCGAGAAACAACAAGACUAGAAAGAAAAACCAAUCUUCUGAAAGUUAUUCCGGAAUUUACUUUUGCAGGUACCCCGUGGAAAUCUCCUGUUGAAAUUCUAGGAUGAACUCUGUUAGAAAUCGCAGGUUCAUCUCUCAAAAAUUUCAAUUUCGUGAGAAACCCCGGAAAAUCCCAGAAGGAUAGAAUUCUUUCCUGGAGAAAUUAAAAAAAAAUCCGGAAAACCUUCAGGAAACAUCCCUAGAUAAAUUCGUGGAAGAACUCCCGAAAAAAUCGUGAUAGGCGUUCUAAAAAAAAACUGCGAAAGACUUUAAAGAGGAAAUUGUGGUAGAAAUCCCAGAUGGAAUCCCUAAAAAAAUGAAUGAAAUUACGGCAGAAAACUUCAGGCAAACUUAAAAACGAAUUCUGGGUUGAUUUUCCAGCAGUUUCCUAAAUUAACCUCUGAACGAAAUCCCAAACACUGAAAGAGUUCUUGAGCACAGGUUUUUUAGUUGUUGCUAUUUUUUUCAAAAUUUUUAUAACAAGUUCAUCCAGGAGCCAGGUGUUACUCAAAAAGGUUUUCUGUUAAAAAAGUUUAUUUAAAAAUUUCUUUAAGAAAUUCAUGUAAUUUCAAUUACAUUCUCGACCCAAAUUUCGACAGGAAAUCAUCAAUACUUUAACAAGAAAUUUCUUCCUGGAAUACUUCUAAUAUUCCUUGUAUUUCUUAGGAAUUGGGUGACCAGGAAUAAGUACAACAUUUUCAGCAAAAAGUACAUUGAAACAAUGUUCAUCCCAAAAAAAGUUGCCUGAUUUUUCCUCUAUCAGAUAUGAAAGCAUUUAAAAACGGCAAACAGUGUCAUAUAUGGAGACAUCGUUUCAUUUAACUCGCAUUUUUUCCCACUGAAAUGGACUGAAGAAGCAGUAAAUAAGUACUGAGGAGUGGAACAAUUUAACGUUAGAAACCCAGGUUUGAGUCGGUUUGCUGCAGAAGCGAUUCGUAUCGAAGUCCUAUAUUUGCAUUAGAGUGUUAGCUAUUUUUAUACUAUUCAACAUAAGUGACCUACAGAGAGAAAAAGAAAAAAAAAAAACACUACAAAUUCCCUCCCCCUUUUGGAUAGAAAGUUAUAAGAAACAUUUUCCUCCCCCUCGAUGCGAGCAGGGCGGCAAUCGGUCAAUUUUUGCCUCCAACAUUAACGAGCAGCUGGAUUGAAACUACAAUUUUAAUAGCAAACAAACAAAAAAAACGUGAAACUGGUAUUCAAGUGUCACCUUGUGAAAUAUACGAUUACGAUUUGAUAGAUGUGUACUUUUUACUAACCUUAAAUCCACUGUAAAGAAUGUAAAACGAAGGAAUUCAAACUUGUUACAAGACUAGUUUUCCAAUAAUUAUGCAUUUUAUCGCUGAGAUGAUGAUACAUACAAAUAUCGUAGCUUAGUGUGUUAGGAAGUCUAAAUGAAAAUAAGCGAAGUUAUUUAAGUGAGAUCGCUGUUUAGUGGACCGUAAAACAAAACAACAACAUUAGGAAUUAAAUAAUUCUUAUUAUAAAAAAAAACAUAAAACAUUAGAAAGAUUGUAUGAAAUGAGAGAACCGAGAGAACAGUGAAACAAACUUAUAUAAGGCAGAGAGGAACACCGGAAUGUUUAGGGAAAACUGAUUUUAUUUGUUAUAAAAUAUUUUUAAUAUAUUCCUUAGAUAUAUUUAAAGCAAAUCCUUUGAUAUGAAACAAUUUAUUCAAAUCCGUUUAGUAUAAAUCAAUAUCAGUAUCCUCAUCAGCAACACAAAUAGACAAACGAACACUUGUAUUGAAUCCCUCAUUUCAUCGAGUCAUAGAGAUUGAUCAACAACUGAUGAAAUUAUUACAUAACACUCAGAAUCUAACAAACGCCACUGCACAUUACAAGCAACAUAUUUCCGCACCGAUUUUUCAAUCUCUCACAGCACACACACUGAAACGCAGCUAAUAGAAAGUAAAACAAAAAAUGAGUAUUCCAAGCAAACAACAUAACAAAACAGCAACACAUUUAUCUCAGCGUAGUAGCGUAAUCAUUAUUAUACAUAUAUUCUAGUAGAAGAAAUAAAUAAAAAAAACUCAUAAAAAGGAGUAGGUUUUAAUAAAUAACAAAAUAGUAUAACUUGCAAACACUAACAUUAAAACACACUACACUAAGACACACUCCACCGCAGCACACACCCACAGACAGCGCCCUUCCACUUCAAUGAGAUCAAAUACAUCAAAACAUGUAAAUGUUAAAUGCU